AUGGCCUGUAACAGCACUUCCAUUGAGACUUAUGAAUACUUUCUGCAGAACACGAGCAAUGUAUCCGACUCUGGGCUGACCACACUGUCUGCCCCCCUCAGGAUCUCCUUGGCGAUAGUGAUGCUGCUGAUGAUGGCGGUGGGGUUCCUAGGCAACACGGUCGUCUGCAUCAUCGUGUACCGGAGGCCAGCCAUGCGCUCCGCCAUCAACCUGCUGCUGGCCACGCUGGCCUUCUCGGACAUGAUGCUGUCCUUGUGCUGCAUGCCCUUCGCUGCAGUUACCCUCAUCACUGUCAACUGGCACUUCGGGGACUACUUCUGCAGACUCUCCGCCACGCUGUACUGGUUUUUCGUCCUGGAGGGCGUGGCCAUCCUGCUCAUUAUCAGUGUGGACCGCUUUCUCAUCAUCGUCCAGCGCCAAGACAGGCUGAAUCCACGGAGGGCCAAGGUGAUCAUUGCCGUGUCCUGGGCACUGUCCUUCUGUAUCUCCAUGCCCUCCCUCGUGGGCGGGACGUGGGUGGAAGUGCCCACGCGGGCCCCUCAGUGUGUGCUGGGUUACACCGAGCUCCCGGCUGAGCGCGCCUACGUGGUGACACUCAUGGUGGUGGUGUUCUUCGUGCCCUUCGGCGUCAUGCUCUGUUCCUACAUGUGCAUCCUCAACACUGUGCGGAAGAACGCCUCACGUGUGCACAACCAGUCCGACAGUCUGGGCCUGAGACAGCUCUCCAGGGCCGGCCUGCGGAGGCUCCAACGGCAACACCAGGUCAGCGUGGACCUGAGCUUCAAGACCAAAGCCUUCACCACCAUCCUCAUCCUCUUUGUGGGUUUCUCCCUCUGCUGGCUGCCCCACUCCGUCUACAGCCUCCUGUCGGUGUUCAGCCCGCAGUUCUACUACAGUUCCUCUUUCUACACCACCAGCACCUGUGUUCUGUGGCUCAGUUACCUCAAGUCUGUCUUCAACCCCAUUGUCUACUGCUGGAGAAUCAAAAAAUUCCGCGAGGCCUGCAUCGAGUUGCUACCGCAAACUUUCCAAAUCCUUCCCAAAGUGCCUGAGCGGAUCCGCCGGAGAAUCCAGCCGAGCACCGUAUACGUGUGCAAUGAGAACCAAUCUACUGUUUAA